AUGAUUUUUGAGAUUGCUCUGAAUCUAAUGUUGUCCAAGGAGGAAUAUUGUGUACCUGAACUGGUGUAUGAUUAUGAUGUGUCUACACGGGCGGGCCCCGACUUGGCAAUCAUCGGUGACUUUCGGAGUGUCCAGAAUCUGAGAGCCCUGGAAAAGGACACUGCUAGACAGGUGCAUCCUCCUCAUGGAAUCCAUGAGAACAUCCAGCCCCAUUCUAGGCGGACGCUGUUAAUCUGGAUGCUCCGGGUAUGUGAGGAGCAGAAAUGUGAGGAGGAGGUGUUCCCCCUGGCCGUCCACUACCUGGACUCAUACAUGAGCCGCCAUGUUGUGCUGACCUCCAAGCUGCAGCUUUUAGGUGUUGUCACCAUGUGGCUGGCCUCCAAGAUGAAAGAGACUGUUCCUCUGACAGCCAACAAGCUCUGUAUCUACACAGACUUCUCCUUUUCACUGCUAAGUAUCCUGCAGUUCGAGGUGUCAGUGGUGUCCAGUUUAGGCUGGUAUCUGUCGCCAGUACUCCCUUCUGACUUCCUGGAGCCGAUGCUUCACAGGCUCUCCUUCCUCGAUGCCCGGCACCUUCCCAAACUGCGCCAACAUGUCCAUGCUUACGUCGCACUGGCAAACAUCGAGUGGAGGUCUUCUGACUUUUUACCCUCCACCCUUCUUUGUGCCUGUUUGAGUGCUGCAACUCACAGGCUCAACUUGAUGGACUCACCUAACUCACUGCUCAGGAUUCUUGCCAAUCUCCUGGUCCUAGAUCUGGACUCUCUCUUCCUCUGCUACAACCAGCUGCAGGCAGCGCUGGAGCUCAUCCUGCCUUCUGCUUCCAAAGCUGCUGUUUGCGGAUCAGAGGUCGGUCAGACUACCACUGAUGUUGACAAUCUUUCAUUGACGUCAAUGACACCUGGUGAAAGCCAACUGAAAACCCCUCCCUGCCACAACAGGCAGGUGUGA